AUGGAUCGAAUCAAGCGAGCAGCUUCAAGGCGGCGGCAACCCGUAAGCCGUCUACCAAAGUCCGAGGGAACUGACAAUGCAACCGAAAUCACCAAGGAGCACAUUAAUCGUCCAGUAAUCCAGGACACAGACAACAAUAUCCGGAGCGGGUUUGGAUCGAAUCAUCGACUUCUCUAUUCUAAACCUCUUACUGAAGGUCGAGACACGACAUCAGCAGUACGCAGCGGCCCUCUUGUGAAGGAGGCGGAUACAGCAGGAAUAGGCGCCAGCGACGUGGCUCCCGCAAGCCCUGCCGCUCACCAGAACUGGCAUUGGAACCCAUCCCGGCCACAAGUUGUAACGACGAUUUCAGCGACAGGGGAUAACAGGGCCGAAGGACAACAUCAGAAGAAUCUUCUUUCUAGAUCAAAGUCUUGGAAAAGGGGAAUUUUUGCAAGAUCCAGACCUAGAAGAAUAAAGGAUGAUGGCCCGCCCUGUGAUUUGCAGAAGCCAGUCUUCGCAGCAAGCACGAACCCGUCCCGUGCAGAUUUUACCGCUGAAGGACUUUCUGGGGCUGGGUUUGAGCGUUCCAGAGAGAUUGCCUUUCUACUGGAAAAGAAACCACUCGAAAGACCUUGCACAGAACCUACCGCGUCCGACUUGAGGAGGCUUGACCAUGUUUCCGAAACACCUGGAAUAGUCCCUCUAAUCUCCGAAGUCCCGGGUCUACAGCAAGCCGCCCAAGGCCGGACCGGGGCUGCGCUUCAAGGUGAAAUACAGCAACUGCUGCUUGAUGUGGAAAUACCAGCCGCGACCUUGGAGCGGUACAGUGUCAUGUUCGCUAGUCUUCUUGAGCAGCGUCGAAGUCUUGUCGCCCCGCGGCAAAAUACCAGUGACGACUUGCGGGCACUCGGAAAAGACAACUCGUGCAACGGGCAUCAGAGGGAAGCGCGCAUUAUUUCGCGCCGAAAUCUCACAAGAGAUCGAGAUUUGCCGCCCAUUCCACCCUUGCAUCUGGAGCACAUACAGGCGGCCCCCCCAUUGCAACAACUGGGUUCUCGUCUCAGAUCAAACACCUCCCCUGCCAUCAUGACGCCAUCAUCGGAAUUCUACGCAAAUGCAGAGCAGUAUGAUGACGAGCAGUCAAAGCACCCGCUCAUCGUAAGGCUUGCGUCUGCUCAGCUGCAAAAUAGCUGCACGGAAGACGACGCUUCCUUGCAUGAAGGCGCUCGGGUGCAGUUGCGGUCCAAAUUUCACAUUCAGUCACCUAUGCAACAGACUUUUGGAUCCAACUCCACAGCCAGUCUUUUUGAUGAUCCUGACGGAUUUGCUAAUCAUACCGGGCCGUCGUCCUCUCCACCUGCUGCGCAAAUCGAUCCGGAGUCCUCUACAAGGACGGAGAAUUCAGCAUGUUCAUCCACAACUGACAUUGCUCAAACACAGCCACAACCAGCGCAACAUGCCACUUGGUCACCAGCAUUCAAGUGUUCUUCAGAUGCACAAGAGAGCUUGACCUCGAGUUUGAGCAGCCGUACGGAAGAAGAACCUGUCGCGGAGCAAGAAAAAGCACUGCAAGAUGCUAUUCAAGUGUCUAUUGCUCGUCAAAUCAGCAUAUCGCGGGAACAGAGCCGAAUGCUCGGCUCAUGGCAGAUGAGGUCCUCGAAGAGGAGCCGACUAGCGGCGGCGACAACCGCGACGCCCCGAUUAGUAAAGCUCAAAUGA